CUUUUCGUAAAACUGACAAGGAAAAAGCCUAAAGAAGAGCAGAUUAAUUGGCGAUGCUGUCAGUUGCCCACCUUGUUAUGUGCACGUGAACAGCUCGUGCAGUCAUUAACCACAUACAAUUAAAUCAAAAAUCGUCACUCCACCUCUUCAAACUCAAAUUUUCUUUUCCUGAGCAUCGUCAAAUUCGUCAUACCAAAUCAACAAUGAUUCUCCUGCUGAUAUUAGCUUUACCGGUCAUCUUCAUGUACCUUUUCCACAAGAACAGAAAGGCAGCAAAACCCCUUCUCCCGCCUGGUCCUCCAGGGCUGCCUUUGAUUGGAAACUUGCACCAGUUUGUCACCCCCACCAAUCUUCAUAUUCAUCUAUGGAAACUUUCCAGGAAAUAUGGCUCCCUCAUGCACAUGAAGCUAGGCCCUGUCCCAGUUCUCGUAGUUUCGUCAGCAAAAUUGGCUAAGGAAGUGAUGAAGACACAAGACUCGGUAUUUUGCAGCAGGCCGAAGCUACUUGGGCAGCAGAAGCUCUCCUACAACUGCCUGGACAUUGCCUUUUCACCCUACUCUGAUUACUGGAAGGAGAUGAGGAAAGUCUCAGUUGUUCAUCUCUUUAGCAUCAAGAAGGCUCAAUCCUUUCGUCCCAUUCGAGAAGAUGAAAUCUCUCGCAUGGUUGCGAAGAUUCAGGCCUUGGCUUCUUCAUCCGAUCGAGUAGUUGUCAACCUAAGUGAGAUGGUCACGGAUCUGGCGACCACACUAAUAUGUAGGAUUGCUUUUGGUACGAGAUACGAUGAACGGGGAUCCGAAAGCAGAAGGUUUAACAAGCUUGUGCGUGAUGCUCAGGCUGCGAUGGCCGAUAUUUAUGUAUCUGAUUACUAUAGUCUGUUUAGUUGGGUGGAUAAACUCACUGGAAAGCUAGCUCAUCUUGAUGCAACUUGGAAAAGCUUGGAUAUGUUCUACCAAGAGCUUAUUGAGGACCAUCGUCAUCGUAAUAGGCCAAAGACACUGGAGGAGGAGGAAGAGGAGGAGGAUAUUCUUGAUAUCCUGAUUCGGCUUAAAGAACAAAACGUGCUUUCCAGCAAUCUCACUUGGGAUCACGUCAAAGCAAUGCUAAUGGAUAUAUUCAUUGCUGGAAUUGACACGAGCACAGCCUCGAUAAUUUGGACCAUGACUGCUCUGAUGAAGGCCCCCGAUGUCAUGAAGAAAGUACAAAUAGAAAUAAGAGAAUUGGUAGGUAGGAAAGGUAAGGUAGAUGAAGUAUACAUUCAGAACCUUCCCUAUCUGCGGGCAGUCAUAAAUGAGAGUUUGAGAUUGUACCCCCCAAUUCCACUAAUCCCAAGAGAAACAAUGGAGGAUUGCAUCUUAGAAGAUUACAAAAUUCAAGCCAAGUCGAUGGUUUACGUUAAUGCAUGGGCCAUUGCAAGAGAUCCCGAGUACUGGGAAGAUCCAGAUACAUUCUUUCCUGAUAGGUUCUUGAAUUGUGAUGUUGAUAUAAAAGGACACCAUUUUGGGGUACUUCCGUUUGGUUCUGGCCGGAGAAUCUGCCCCGGUAUAUAUAUGGGACUUGCAAAUGUGGAGCUAACGGUAGCAAAUCUCCUCUACUCUUUUGAUUGGGAAUUGCAGUCUGGAAUGCAAGAACAAGAUAUUGAUACCGAUUCAUUACCUGGAAUAACCGUGCUCAAGAAAAAUCCACUUCUCCUUGUACCUAAGAAACGUGUUUAG